ACAUAAGGGGUAUGUACACAUGAAACAAUUAGAUUUUUAUUCAAGGUUCUCCGCGCAAAAAGUGAUCCUCUAGAGCCUAUCUCUCCUUCGCCGGAGCACAUUCGCACUGAUCAGACGCCAAGUCCAUGUCCGCUACCGCUGCGCUCCCCGUGCCGGCGCGAAAUAUCGGCCCCGUGUCGGCUUCCUUUAUCCCUCGCAGCGGCGGCAGAGGCGGUGGCGGCGGCUCCUCUCAUUUCUGCCUCUCUAAACCCUCGUGGAUCGUCAAGAGCGAGUCCAAUGUUCGGCUAGAGAAAUUUAGAAAACCGGAUCCACCUUGUGUAGUCUGCGAUGGAAGUGGAAGAGUAGACUGCCACCAUUGUCGAGGAAGAGGAAGGACCAACUGUGUCCAUCUAGUUUUGCUUCCCGAAGGAGAAUGGCCAAAAUGGUGCAAGGUUUGUGGUGGAAGCGGACUUGGUUAUUGCAACCGAUGUCUAGGGACAGGAGAAUACAGAGAUAUUAUGGGCUUCCACUUUAUGAAAAUGAACACCAAUCGAUCAUGACAUUUGUGAAAGAAAAGGGUCCUAUUAAGGAAUGGAGGUUGGGGGCUCACGUGAAAUGCUGGGAAGAGAAACGAGCAAUACAAUUUUAUUUUCUUAUGAUCAUGGUAGCUCCAAUCAACACUACUGUUCUAUAAUUCAGAAAUGCAGAUGUACGGUUUUGCAAUAAUUACCUGGGUCACAAAAAUUGUGUCAUAGUGAACAAAUUUCUCUAUAAUUGGUUAAAUGCUUCUGUUUUGGAA